AUGGGCAAAUAUUUUCGCAGCGGACAUGGCUCGAUAAACGAGUCUGCAGUUCUCUUUGCCCAGACUGGGGGCGGUGCCGCCGGUAUUUACAUUGGGAAAGGCCUGCAAUAUGAGGGUGUUGCAGAUUUUGCUCUCAAGUACUUGCAAGAUACCAUCCAGUCCCUCAACGUCCACAGCGGAAAUGUGGCCAUGCAGCUUUGUGGUCCCCGCUAUGAUGCCGAUCACACCUUUGGCUUCAUCGCUGCUAGUAAUGGUACCUUCAGUCAAAUCCAAAACGCCAUUCAAACUUGGUACAAGGGGGGCUGCCUCUCUUUUUACGCUUCUCAAAAUAUUAGUGGUCCUUCCUAUUUUGCAACCCUCUCUCGAAACUCAAGUAUUGCUGGAAAUGCAACAAGCUCGACAAAUGUGACUUCGGUCUAUCCCGCUCGUGGCUCACGCCUUCGGGCACGUGGUGACUGCACGACUGUCCAGGUUCAAUCUGGUGAUUCCUGUAGUUCUUUAGCCUCCAAAUGCGGAAUUUCUGCCGCAGACUUUACACAGUUUAAUCCAGCAUCCAAUCUUUGCUCCUCACUUCAGCCAGGUCAGCACGUAUGCUGUUCGUCCGGGACGUUGCCAGACUUCGCGCCGUCACCCAAUGCUGAUGGAUCGUGUGCCACGUACACAAUUGUCGCUGGCGAUUCGUGCUCGGCAAUUAUAGCCACUUACAGCUUGACACUGGACGAGUUGAACAAUUACAACCAAGACACCUGGGGCUGGGGAGGUUGCAACGAUUUGCUAAUCGGUAACAUAAUCUGCCUAAGCUCUGGUACACCACCGAUGCCGGCCACUGAUACAAACGCCGUGUGCGGUCCCACCGUGCCUGGCACGGUGGCACCGACAAAUGGGACAGCAAUUUCAGAGCUCAACCCCUCCCCCCUGAAUGCCUGCUGCAAUAUCUGGGGUCAGUGUGGCAUUACGGCCGACUUCUGUACCGCUACCAACUCAAGCACGGGAGCUCCAGGGACGGCCGCACCUGGUACAAAUGGGUGUAUCUCCAAUUGCGGCACAGACAUCGUCAAGAGCGGUGCACCAGCCACAUAUCGGAACAUCGCCUAUUACGAAGGUUCUAAUUUCGACCGCUCCUGUCUCUAUCAGGACAUUUUGCAAGUCGACACCUCGUUGACGCAUUUGCAUUUUGCAUUUGGCACCCUAGACCCGACCAACUACACUGUCAGUGUUGGCGAUGCACUUAGUUCGUACGAAUUUGAAAACCUGAAGCGCUUGUCGGGGCCCCUGCGAAUCCUGACAAUUGGCGGCUGGGAUUUCUCGACUGGUGCUAGCACGUACACUAUAUUCCGCGAGGGUGUGGCUGCGGCCAACCGUUUGGCUAUGGCGACGAGCAUUGCGAAUUUUAUCAAAGACAAUGGAUUGGAUGGUGUGGAUAUUGAUUGGGAGUAUCCUGGUGCACCAGAUAUUCCCGGUAUUCCACCCGCCAGUACUGAUGACGGCUCCAACUACUUGGAUUUCUUGGUGCUUCUGAAAAAUCUGCUUGACGGUAAAUCGCUGUCAAUCGCGGCUCCAGCAUCUUACUGGUAUCUGAAGGGCUUCCCCAUUGCUCAAAUUAGCAAGGUUGUAGACUAUAUUGUCUUCAUGGCGUAUGAUCUCCAUGGCCAAUGGGAUUAUGGCAAGACAAGCUCUCAAGAAGGGUGUCUGACAGGCAAUUGUUUACGAAGCCACGUGAACUUGACUGAAACGCUGUCUGCAUUAUCUAUGGUUACAAAAGCCGGCGUACCCUCUAACAAGGUUGUCGUUGGAGUUUCAAGCUAUGGCCGCUCUUUUGCGAUGGCCGAAACUGGCUGUUACACUGAGAACUGUUUCUUCACUGGAUCUGCAUCAGCAUCCAAUGCAGAGCCAGGCGUCUGCACGAACACGGCAGGGUACAUUUCAAACGCAGAGAUUAAUGAGAUCAUAGGUAAUGCGAGCAGAGUCACGACUUCCUACGUCGACGAAUCAAGCAACAGCAACAUCCUUGUCUACGACGGUACCCAAUGGGUUGCUUACAUGGAUGACUCAAUAAAGUCUGAUCGCGUUGCGUUCUACCAAGGCUUAGAAAUGGGCGGUGGCACUCUUUGGGCUUCCGACCUUUCAGAGUAUAAUACAGCUCCUUAUCCGAGCACCAGUUGGACUAAUUUCGUCGAACUUGCUGGAUUUGGGACGGAUCCGUACGCUGAAGGUAAUCGGACCGGCAACUGGACGACCCUGACCUGUUCGGACCAAUCCGUCACAGAUCUCAAGGACUUAACUUCAAAGGAGCGGUGGGACCAGAUGGACUGCCCUAAUGCCUGGGCAGAUGCCGUCAAUGUCUGGCUCAAAAUCGACCAACCUGCCAAAUCACUAACCUUUACUGAGUCAAUCUCGAACACGCUUCACGCCCCUGAGAUGGCCGCUUGUGGGGACUUUAAAGACACCAGCAAUUGUGUUCAGACCUAUACCUGUGCGGGAGUUGUAGGAGACGGCACUGGCCCGGCUGGCUAUGAGAUCUGGAACUCAAUGGUCAUUGUGCACGAGAUUUAUACCACCUAUAUUAAGGCUCUACACGAUGCUUUCAGUGACGUGGUCAGUCCGGCACUCCAAAAUCUCGAAGACACGUUCGCGCCCGUCUCCCCUCCAGAGAGUGACGAGUGGCUUGGUAUUCUACUGUCUGUGAUCGGUCUCGUAGGUACCAUCGGCGGUUCUGCGUUUUUCAAUUCAUAUUUGUCUGCCAUGCCUUAUUUUAAAGCCAAUAAAGCUCUCUACGACAACCUAAAGGAUACCACUAAAGCAAUUGUGUCGUUUGGCACAAGUCUGACUUCUACCUUGUAUAAACCAGGAAGCGUAUCAGCCGGGGAUUGGACCCUUCAGGACCAGGCCGUGUUCUCCCAGUACAUGGGCCAGUCCAUCUUUGCCUGGGCCAAUUUGACCCAGAUAGCAUUGAAGAGUCUUUUCGACGGCGACACAGAUGGACUAACAGCGCUCACCAAUCUCAUUUCAGACGGCAAGCUCAUUGAAGGUUCCGCCGAUGGUGCAGAGGCCGAUUAUCCCACCGACCUUGACAGCACCUAUGCUGCGCUGGAGGCAAGUAUCGCUACGUCUUUUUUUGCUUUUACAAUCCCAGCUCUCUGGAACUUUUCAAGCACGUACGCAUUUGUCGUAGACUCUGGCGCUUCAUGUGAUACCAGCAACCCGCUUUCUGCAUACAUGAGCAGCGACGACAUGACUGCCUCCGGGUAUUGCUACAACGACGAUUGGUAUUACCUGGUCUACCCACACUCAUCACCAAGUACCAACUGUACAACCGGUUCUGUAGGUACUGCAGAAUGUGAUGACUAUAUAUUCGGAGCAGUUCCAGGUAUCAAGUCUCUUGAUGGCACGUUUGGGGGCGUCACUCUCGCGGCACUAAUUGUCGGUGCCGUGAAUACCUACGUGAGCAACGGCAACGCAAACGGCGGUGCCAUCGCUGAUCCCGCAAACUCUGGUACAUUGGAUCAACUAUACGAUCAGAAUAUCACCGCACCCGGGUAUGUCACGAUUCCGGUCUGCAGCCCAGCCACGGCUCAGGCAGCAAUCAGCGCCAAACAAAGCACCGUGGCCAACUAUCCCUGCAAUGCACUGCAGGCGAUCAGCGACUGUGGCGAUUCAUCAUUUGUCGACCAGACUAGCGAUGCAUCUCCAAGUGUCAACGACUGUUUGCAGAUCGUGGCCAAUAUCCAGAAUACGCUGGGUGAGUGGGAGGUGGAAAACGCCGUCGAGGAACAGCACCAGUUAGUGCAGUAUGGCAGCUGCAAAUUCGGUGUCCAGGGUACAGCUAUCAAUGGCAACGUCAACUUCCACGUUGGCGCCCAGGAUGUUAUAGACAUAAUCCAUUCGUCGAUAAGCAAAUUUGCUUCGAACGGCUUGGUCGGUGCCAAAGGUUCUAUGGACUGCAACGGUGACGUGAAACAGCAGCCGGUAGACUGGGGUCUAUAUUGA